GACUGAAAUCAGCUCUACAAACAAACACAAAAAUCAUUGCAAACAUCAAUUCAAAGAGAAUCAUUUUAACAUUUUCUUUGGUCUUUCGUUCAUUCUGUUCAUUGUCUUGUGUUGCCUCAAAAACUAGUAGAUUAGUGCUGAAUAACAGACAUGUUAAAUACCUGAUAAAUGGUUUUUAUUAUUUAUAUAGUGGUUGAUUUAAUUUUAAUAUUCUGAGGAAAUACCCUAAAUUAAUAAAUCAUGUACUGUUUCACCACUAAUUCAUUCCUGCACCCAGCACUGUAAGAUGCUUUUGAUCAGCAUUUAGACUGUCAUGCUGGGAAAUUAAAAAGAGUCAAAUGAACCAAUAACAUAUCAAACAUUACAGAGUUGAGUCGUUUGACCUCAGUAUUUCUAAAACUGAAGAAGAGUCCUGUGUGUAGUCUAUCAGUGUCUGAUGAAAAGUGUAUCAGUGCAGCAUCCCAAGUGUGAGUCGGUGUUUUGUAGUUUGUUGUUCCCGGGUGUCACCUCUUUAACCGGGUCACGUUUAUUGUAGCAACGGCCCCUUAGCAACGCACCGGGUCCAUGGAGACCGUCGGUCCCUUCGUGUGAAGGAAUGCCAGGCUACACGGGUCAAUAUACAGAGAGAGGAAACACACCGAGGACGGAUUAAACCUGACAUUUAUGACUUUUAUGGACUUAUUUCACGUCGUGGCUUUGGGGUGAACAUGGGAUGCAGCAGCUCCACAAACACCGCGGUCCAACCGCUGACACAGGAGGAGGUGAAUGGAGGCGAGGAUGAGACAGGAAGUAAACUCGGUGGUCGUGGAGACUCUGCCGUGUCAAAGGGCACCACAGACAGCGGGGUGGUGAUGGAGAACAAGGAGAUCCCCGAGCUACCUGGAGCGGUGCCCAGAAAACUUCCUCCUCUAACAUCUGAGUGUGUCAGAGAAACAGCCAGCCCAGGUCUGCUGAGACGGGACAGCGCAGGGCAGGAGCGUCAAAAGUCCAGUGAGAUCCUGGAGGAGCUCCUGAACCAGGGCAUCAUCCCGGUGGGACAGAGUGAAGGGAGGACCAGCGGGGCUGGAGAGGCCUACAGCAUCAUGCUGGAUGACAGAGAUGUGGUCAGGCGAAGGCCUCCUGCAAGGCUGGAGUCCCUGAAGGACAAAAAGUUGCAAAGUCUCCACACCAGAGAAGAGAUUGAGGAGAAGAUAAAACUUGCUGAGGAGAGACGCAAGUUAAGGGAAGAUGAGCUCAAGAUGCGUUUAAGGGCCCAGUCAGCGCGCGUUCGUGUCCGCACCUCUGUCUCCGCUACAGUGGAAGAUGAAGACACACCAGUCACCCCCGUGAAGCUGACACAGUCACCUCUCCCCCCAGCACGCAGCGCUGCUGAGGGAGGCGAGAGCGCGAGAGAGGCCAGGAGGUGAUGAUGGAGAGUGUGAAAAAGAAAUGGGCAGAGCGGAGAGGGGAAAAGGGAGAGAGGGGGGAGGAUCGAGUGGAGACGUCAGAGGGGAAGGAGCAGAGCGGCUGAGUGAGGAUGGUGAUGAAGAGGAAGAGUUGAACCAGGUGGAGGAGCUCCAGGCAGCCUCAGGGGAGCUGGAAAGUGAUUCUAGCUUUCAAAACACAGAGGACAAAGAGGAGACAUUUUAAAUUAUUUCAUGAAUCAGCCAUUAAUCAGCAGUGAGGGAGAGAAAAGAGGAAAUAAUUCCUUGUGCACUGAGGAGAGGCAUGAGGAAAAGGAUAGAAAAUACAUUCAUUAAGUAUUUACUGUUUGUAAAGAAACUGAAACACUUAAAAUGAGGCUAAUGUGGAGGUGAAUCUGCAUCAUUUCCACUGCAGGGAGCACAUCAGCCCAUAUGAACUGUGAUAAUAUUGUCGCUCAAUAAUAAGCACAAACGAAUAUGAGGGUUUUCUUUCCAAUGCAAUGUAAAUUAACUCAGUGAACGCUUUAUAAAUAUGACCAGGACGUAAUGUUCUUGCCAACAUACCAAAAUGAAUUUUAUUUUUUACACAAAAAAAAGUAUAUGCAUGUACUGUGGUUGCAGUUUGUGCAGUUGUUCUGCCAGACUUUAGAUGGCGCUGUUUCAGUAGGUUGAAGUUGCGUUGACUGCUCCCUGAAGUCUGUAAGUUCAGCUGUUAGGUGGAGGUGUUGGCAACAUGUGAGGUUGUGCCUAGUUUUGAAAAGUGUGAGGCGGGAAAGUUGUAUUUGAUCAAUAAAGUUCCCAUAUUUCCCUACGUGUUGUUCAAGUGAAAGAGGCGGUGCUGUCAGCGACUUGUCAGAGUAACUCUAAUAACUAACUAAAACUUUAAAAUUGUUGAAUAGUGUUUCUGGUGAUCACUGCUGACA